CAACCGACGUACACAAGGGGCUUGAGCGUUCUGUGGAGAGCGGGGGUCAGGCCAUGAACUUGGGGGGACUUGGGUUGGAUCCUUGGUCAGGGAACUAAGAUCCCACAUGACGUGGGGCAACUAAGCCUGUGUGCCACAACUAGAGAAGAGAAAACCCAACACCACAACUAGAGAGAAGACCAUAUACUGCAAGGAAAGAUCCUGCAUGCCACAAUGAAGAUCCUGUGCCACAACAAAGACCCAGCACAGCCAAAAAUAAAAAUGAAUAAAUAAAUAAAUUAAAAAACCCCAUAGAGAUGGUUUAAAGCUUGAAACUGAAUUAUUGGAUGGAAAAACCAAGCUAAUAUUGUCUCCAUAUGAACAUAAACCAAAAAUUUCUGUAAAGGUAUUUCUACACGUGAGAAUCAGAAUAGUGACACACUAUAACAUGUUUACAUUAUUAGUGAUGGGAAAUAAGACCAAGAUUGCAAAAUGUCCUUUAAGAACUAAACAAACUGGAUACGUUCUAAAAUCACAAAAUACUUGUGUCAGGAGUGAAAAACUUUGGCAAAAGGAGAGAAUUGGUUCAGAAACUUCACUGGCAAAAGGUGAAAAAAAUAGCAUGACUUUUUCACCCACUAAGGAUUUAUGCAAGCAGUAUGCAGAUAAAGACUGUCUUCAUAUCCAGAAAGAAAUUUCACCUGCAACCCCUAGUAUACAGAAGACUAGAAACACCGUAAAUACAUUUGUAGUAGCUAAACAGAAGCCUUGCAAAAAGCAUAUCACAACUGAAAAUAUGAAGAGCAGUUUGGUGUGUCUAACACAAGACCAACUACAACAGAUUUUAAUGACUGUAAACCAAGGAAAUAAAUCUAUUUCCCUGACUGAGAAUGGAAAGAAGGAAACGAGUCAGUAUAAUUUAAACAAUAUUCCUGAUCAACCAAAGGACAGGAACAUCAUGGGAAGUCUCCAAAAAACUGAGGCCAUUUCAUCUUAUGAAGAUGAAAAAAAAUCUGUUUUUAAUGAAAAUCAGGUGACAUCUAAUCAAUAUGAGCAAAAAAUUGCCACAGAGAAUGUAUGGAAACCAGCUGAUAUGUUCAGUACUCUAGGAGAAAGAGAACGUGAAAGAAGUUUGUUGGAAGCAAAAAAGGCCCAGUGGAGGAAAGAGCUUGGUAGGACAUUAUUUACAGAUGAACAGGUUGCUUUAAAGAAGAAAGAAAAAGAAGCUUCUGAAAAAUGGAAUAAUCCAUGGAAAAAAUCUGAAAGCAAUAAAAUAGUAUGGGAAAAACUUCAAAUUCUUGAUCAGUCUAAGACUUCUGCUAGCUCUUCUAGCAUUCCGUCACAGUCUCACAGUCAGGUAAUGGUGAUCCAGGCUGACGGGCACUCACUACCUAGAGCUAGUCAGAUUUUAGAGGAAGCAGUACUGUUGGAGCAUCCUUUCAGUGCUGUGAAGCAAGAACAGCAGAGGAAAUGGAUUGAAGAGUUGAACAAGCAAAUAGAAGAUGACCGGCAAGAAAAAGUAGAGGAAAAAAUAAUAUCUUCACAGGGUGAGGAACAUGACAGAUGGGCAAUGCAUUUUGAUUCAUUAAAGAGCUAUCCUGGUUCUCAGUCUCAGCUGUCCUCUCAGUCAACGCAAAAACAACCAGAGUACUUCUGUGUCUCUCCGGACACUCAGGAACUGGCUGAUAUCAGCAGUCUUUAUACACCUACAACUGGAAGCCAGGUUGAACCUUCAGAGGAGGAGCAUAUAGCAAAACCUGUUAGAGAUGUGGUUGUGGCAAACAGUCAAAAAACUAACUUUCUCCGUUCUAUGACUGCUCUUUUGGACCCAGCUCAGAUUGAGGAACGAGACAGGAGGCGACAAAAACAGUUAGAACAUCAGAAAGCCAUCACUGCUCAGGUAGAAGAGAAGCGCAAGAAGAAGCGGCUCGAAGAAGAGCAAAGAAAGAUGGAGGAACAAGAAGAGGAGCGUCGCUUAGCACGGGAGCGAGAAGAGAUGCAGAAACAGUAUGAAGAAGAUAUACUUAAGCAGAAACAAAAGGAAGAAAUCAUGACUCUUAAGACAAAUGAGCUGUUCCAGACCAUGCAGAGAGCACAGGAGCUGGCACAGAGACUGAAACAAGAACAGAGAAUCCGAGAAUUAACUCAAAAGGGACAUGACACUUCUAGAUUGAUUAAAAAUCUUGGCAUUGAUACAACACAAGUGGAAUAUAAUGCAUCUGCUAACAACAUUGCAAAUUUAGGACAUGGCAUGGAUAAAGUCAGUGGUAAAAUGAAUACAUUUAUCAACUCUACAACCUCUCCCAGGAAGGACACUGGUGUGCAAACAGAUGACUUAAAUAUGGGAAUAUUUACCAAUACAGAAUCAUGCUGUGGAUUGGUAAUAGAGAGGGAAAUUAUAAAUUGUUCAUCUCCUGAGAUUCCUGCAGAAUUUAAUGAACCAUUUAACACUAAGAAAAACAAGCAAGAACUAGUAAGUCAGGAUAAAGGAGUCAACUUAGAAAAGGAAAAUAGUUGGUAUAAUGACCAGUGUAAUCAGUUCACAGGAGCAGAGAAACAAACAAAACAUAUGAAGAAAUGUCCUAAAAGGCCUGAUUGGAAUAUAAAUAAGCCACUGAGAAGGUAUAUUCCAGCAUCAGAAAAGUACCCUAAACAGCUUCAAAAACUGAGAGAAGAAAAAAAAGUAAGACGGCAGAUGGAACUGCUUCAUUUGGUAGAAAGAAAUAAUCCUGGACACCUCUCUCAAAAUAGAGGCACUUCACCAGAAGUUCUUCAUUCAUCUCAAGAAACUGAGCCAAGUUUCAGGUGGCAGCUAGUUAAAAAGGAAGAAGAACCUCUGAGAAUUAAUUCUUUCAACAAGGAAAGGUCUCAAUCACCACCAGUUCCGGCAGUGAAAAACAGAACACAACAAACUCAGACACUAAAAAACAGUACUUACGAAAGAGAGAAUCUGAUCUCAGGAGAUAGUCAGACAGAGUCAUCACCUGGGAUUUCUGAACCAUUUCAUUUUAUUCCCUAUGUUCGAACCAACGAGAUCUAUUACCUUGAUCCAGAUGCACCACUGUCUAGGCCUUUAACCCAGGAUCCUCAGUACCAAAAUCCACAUGAAUGUGACCAAGAACAACAGCUAUUUGACCAUCUCAGGGACCCACUUCUUAAUCCUAACUUGGUGAAAAACAGGGAUCGUCAGCAAGCAAUCCUUAAGGGACUCUCAGAACUGAGACAGGGCCUUCUCCAGAAGCAAAGGGAGUUGGAAACUAAUCUCAUGCCUUUAACUGCAAAUCAAGAAGAGAAUUUUAGUUCUUCAUUUUAAAUAUAGAAAAAUCCUUUACAUUUGAUUGUCUUCUGAAUUAUAAAAUGUGGUUGUUGCUUAACUAUUUUUCAAAUAGCCUAGAUUUAUUUUUUAAAAUGCUUAUUUAAAACUUACUAUGUAGUAAAAUGCUGUUUGUGUGUGUAUGUGUAUAUAUAUAUUUUAAAACAAUAAAACAGACACAUAAAAAAAGCUCAGUAGUAAAAAAAAAACAAAAAACUUCUGCUCUGUCAUGUGUGGGUAUUUAUCUACUUACCUUAGUUUACAACGUUCUUCCACACUUUUUACGUGUAGCUUAUUAACUGAAAUACCAUUUACGUAAAGAGAAGCUCUCAACAAAGUUCUUUUGCAGUGUCAAAGGAAGGUGUGACAUCCCAACUUGUACUAAAACAGCCCAGGUUCAGUUUAUGCUUUUGUGGAAACUUUUUGAAGUCCUUUUUCUAAAAAGGCCUUUUAUUGUAGAAACUACAGUUUUCAAAAACAUUUACAAGUUUGUAUUAGUAAUGGAGAGGCAAUUAUUAGCAAUACAUGUGGAUUUACAAUUUAUCUCCACCAUCUACUAUUAUCUGUGAAUUUAAAAAGUUAGCUUUCGUAUAGCACUUUAGCAGUUGUCCUUACCAUCUGAAAAAUAUAUUUUUCUAACAAUUUAAAAAUCUAUAGCAAAGUUUGUUUCAAAUUGUUUAAUGCCUUUAAUAAACAACCUAUCUUCUGAAAUAUGAAAUUGAAUUUGGUUAAGUCAAAGACCACACAAGCACUGAAAAUCGUAAUUAUCAGAUACUCUCAAAAGGUUGACCAAAAUUUUAGCAACAGGCAAUUUUCACAUGGUUAAGUCUAAAGAUAAAAAAUAAUGCUGCCUGGUGUUAAGUCCUAAGUCCUAUGUACAUAGCUUUAUCAUCUAAAUGAAACUGCUUUGUUCAAUAAAUCUCGAGGUAUUGAGCCAAAAUCCUGUAUUUAUUAACAUCACUGGGUUAUACCUGUGUAAAAACACUACACAAAAGCUUAAAAUAAAUACAACAGUUGAUAUGUCAUUUCAGCAAAAGUUGUUGGGAUCAUCUGCCAUUAGAGGAAGAAAAAAAGUAAAGCCAUUACUGUUCACUAUCCUUUUGCAAAUAUCUAGUUUUAUAUAUAAAACAGGCUUCAAUU